AUACACACUUCACUCUUCAGCUCAAAACCCAAACUGGUAUAGUUCUGGGGAGAAUAGAGCAGAUAGUGAAAGUAAAAUGGCGGUUUCUAGGGAUUUUUGUAUCUCUGCGGCAUUGGGUUCUUGUCCUUUUAAGCACCACCGUCUGGGAAGCUCUUUCCAACCUUCUAAGGUAGCCUUUAAGGAUUGUUAUGGUGGAGUAUUUAGUAAUUCAUGGGAGAUGAGUCAGAUGACACAACCAUCCUGCUUAAAUUCGAAAGAGUACAAGUCUAAGUGCCACUAUAACCAAUCAUUCGGGAUUGCAGAAGACAGUGAACUUAUUCCCGAACCUGUAAGCCAAGAAACAGAAGACUUUCUCCUUGACGCUAUCAAUAUGAGCUUCUUCGAGCGUUUAAACUUGGCAUGGAAGAUAAUGUUCCCUUCACCAUCUACUAGAAGAAAUUCCAAUGCAAAGAUUGCCAAGCAACGCUUGCAGAUGAUCCUGUUCUCUGAUCGAUGUGCUGUAACUGAUGGUGCAAAGCAGAAGAUUGUGAGCAACAUUGUGGGCGCUCUCUCUGACUUUGUAGAGAUAGAUUCACAGGACAAAGUCCAGCUUAGCGUCUCAGCCGAUUCAGAAAUGGGUACAGUGUACUCUGUUACAGUUCCUGUUCGGCGCGUGAAGCCUGAACAUCAAGCUGUGGAUGAGCUUGGUGCCAUGAAAAAUGUUGAGUACAAGGAUACAGGGACAUCAUCAGAUUCUGUUGAUGUUAAGUUUGAUUUCUACAUCCCUAACAAGUCUCCGUAGAAUCCAUGCUCAUUGACCCUUAUAUUCGAGUAGAUAACCAAGUUGUUUAGCAUUCAAGGAUGAAAAUUUUGAGUUGUAAAUGUAAGCUCUUGCUUUGUUGGUAGCUUUAACUAGAGAGUGUAGCUAGUCAGUUGACAAAUGACAUUGCCAAUAUUCUCAGCUGUAUUAAUGUGUAAUGU